GUCUACGUGGUGAGGUUUGGAACCACUAACCCGGUUGUACACUUAUCACCAUGUUUGAGACCCGUAGUGGGACGGAGACUAGUCCCUACACCCCUGAGCAGCAAGCAAAGAUGGCCGCCUUAGUGAAAGAGAACAAGGAGAGAAAAGAGUGCGAGAAGCAGGCGAAGCUAAAGGCUAUCGCAGAUGAGCAGGCGGCGAAGUUGAAGAGGUUGGAGGAGGAGAUGAAGAGGGUACAACAGGAGGAGGAAGAAAGAAGGAAGGCUGCUGAAGCAGRAGCGGCAGCAGAAGAAGAGAAAGAGAGAAUGCGAAUUGAGAGUGGGGAAGGGAGUAGUGGUGGAACGUUGAACUGGGAGACAGAUACUGAGCUGGAGAGGAAGAUCAGCGAGUGGUCCGGGUUCAGGGAUUUUGCACGUGAAAUCGUCACCCACAUUGGGGGCGAAGUCAAACAGUUGAGGGACAAUGUAGGGAAGUUUUGUGAGGGCGCCAUUCAGGGUGCCAAAGCUGCAGCCGCUGUAGAAGGAGAGGUCAGACCCCAUAAGGACCCAGUGAAACUUAAGUUCCCAGACGCGUACGGGGGAAAGAAGGACGAGAACUUUGACAACUGGGAGGCCAGUGUCAAUAGUUACAUUUAUUUACAGCAUAUCCUGGUAGAGGAGCAAAUCCUCGUGGCCUUCCAGGCCCUCAAAGAUGAAGCGGCUAGCUUUGUCAGGUCUCUUGCGCAUACAGUCGGUUGUGAAAACAACCUGGUUGCAUAUUCCAAAGUCACUCCUCUUUCCCAAUUCCUCAAACUCCUCAAGGAGCGGUUCGCUGACCCAACGCGAGGCAUUAGGGCCUCUGAUAAGCUCCAAACGAUCCACUCCCGACAGUGGAGGAGUGCCAAGGCACUCAAGGGUACUAUGGACGACUUGGUAGCCGUCCCAGAUAACAGGGUCACUGAGCCCCAGCUGGUCCAGUUGUUUUAUCGUGCCAUUCCAGAGGCCCUACGCGGGCAUUUCUUUGACAAAUCUCAACAGGCCGGCAUGACUUACGAUGCAUUGAGUAGAGAAGUCGUCCUGUAUAAGUCAAAGUCUAUGCCAGUUACCACUUUCUGGCAUAAGGACCUGAAGAAGGGGAAGAAGUGGAAAGAUCGUACCAUCUCGGGCCAAGUCAAGGCCAAGGAUCGCUUGAUCCUGACAUUAGAGGAGGGUGGUACAGAAGAGGUUCCAUAUGAUCAGAUUGAGUGGGGCCUAGGGGAGGAGUACAGUAGUGUAGGGCAGGGGAGGUCUUACGCUGCUGUCGCGGCCGGAGGGAGGCCGCAAGGUAGAGGAGGAGGCCAGGGCCAAAGGGGCCAGGCCAUGGGAGAUCGAGGACCGGACGCACAGGGGGUUGGCGGACAGGGAAACCGCCAAGCGGGAGGUAGGGGUCAAGGUCCCCCGUUAAAUCGCCAGGGUAACCGGUCCCCACAACGAGGAGGUGGAAGGGCGCCUCAAGGAGGAUGGCACCCAGGCUUGCCACAGGGCAGGCCCUGGGAAGAUCUGGGCUUGGACAAGCGCUUAUGGCACGAACGCGUGAACCUGGGUCAGUGCAUGUUCUGUGGUGACCCGGCGCACGUCUUGGAGAAGCUUAGAGAGGCUAACUUCAAGAUCAACGCGAAGAAGUGCGAGUGGGCCAAGACGCAAGUUUUGUACUUGGGCCACGUAUUUGUUGGAGUUGGCAUUAAGCCAGAGGACAGCAAGAUCGCGGCGAUUAGAGAUUGGCCGACACCCCGCACAUUGACAGAGUUGCGGUCGUUCCUAGGCUUAGCUAACUACUAUAGGAAGUUCGUGAGGAACUUCUCCAAUAUCGCCGCUCCCUUGCGCCGAUUGCUGAAGAAAGAGGCAAUCUGGCAAUGGGACAAAGACUGUACGUUUGCGCUCAAGAAGCUAAAGCGCGCGUUAAUAGAGUAUCCUGUCCUCAAAGUUGCAGAUCCGUCUUUGCCAUUUGUCGUCAUCACGGAUACGAGUCAGUAUGGGAUAGGCGCCGUGUUGCAGCAAGACGACGACAAUGGCUAUAGACCUGUAGAGUUCAUGUCAGCGAGGAUGCCCUGUGAAAAGGUUGCUGCCUCCACGUACAAGAGAGAACUCUACGCUCUUAGGCAGGCUUUAGAUCAUUGGAAGCACUACCUGCUUGGGAGGCACUUCAAAGUGUAUUCGGACCACGAAACGCUUAGAUGGUUAAAGACUCAGGCCAAGAUGACACCUAAGUUGACUAGGUGGGCCGCAGAGAUAGACCAAUUCGACUUUGAGCUCAAGCCAGUGAAGGGCAAGUACAACGUAGUUGCAGAUGCUCUGAGUAGGAGAUUAGACUACUUUGGAGUUGUAGUACACUAUCUGGAUAUAGGGAGAGACCUGCAGGAGAAAGUGAGGCAAGCAUAUGCGCAGGACCCUAUCUAAAGCGACCUCCUAAAGAGAGUUAGAGAGGCCCCAGAGACUGAACCAGAUUACCACACUACAGACGGGUUAUUGUUUGAGAAGACUAAUGUGUUUGACCGCCUGUGCGUUCCCAACAGCGAAGAGAUCCGCAGUUUGAUUUUAGAGGAAUGCCACGAUACUGAAGGGCAUUUCGGUUGGCAAAAAACAUUAGCCAAACUGAUGCGUGCAUAUACCUGGCCAGGAAUGAAGAAUGACUGCAUAGAGUAUGUCCGCAGUUGUAAAGUGUGCAAGAGGAAUAAGUCUACUACACGCGCGCCCCUAGGUCUUCUCAGACCCUUGCCUAUUCCGGAUCAGCUGGGAGACUGAGUGUCCAUAGACUUCAUGGACACCCAAGUCAAGAGUAGACAUGGUAAGAGCCAAGUCAUGGUCGUAGUGGACCGUUUUAGUAAAUAUGCAGUUUUCGU